UGACGUCAUCAACAGUCUGUUGAAGAGAACAAAGUCCGACCUGCUGAGGAAAAUGGCAACAAAACUUAUCUUUUUAGCUUUAUUUAUAAAUUUCUUUGGACUGAUAGUCUGUAGGAAGCAUCAUUUGGUUUUGAAUGAUGAACUGAGAAGAGACAUCGAGAUUACAAACUUUGGUCUUCUCCAGGGCGGGAUGAUCUCAAUCAACAUUACAAACAUGAGUUUUGCUGCACCAGAGACACAGAGUCCAAAGACAUUGAUUGGUUUCACAUUAGACAUGUCCGGAAGCUAUGAGAGUGCAUCAUAUGCUGAAGACCACACCAAUGGGAACUGUGUCUUGAAACCAGGAAGUGUUGGUAAAAAUGAUUCUGUGGCGACAGUUUAUUUAACUUUCAAUUUUACAACCAAAAGCCUGGAAGUCAACAGAUGGGGUAGAAAUCUGAGGAAUCUUUAUAUAGUUCCGAUGGUUGAGGGUAGAGACGUUUGUAGUGAUGAAGAACCCCCUCCAGCCCCGAAGCAGCCUCCGGUCCCUCAACAGCCCCCAGGAGAUGGGCAGAGUAUGGCUAGAAGGAGGAGAGAGGUUUCCGAUGUCCAACCAGGGGAUAUAGACCAGGAGCAGUCAGAAACUGGACCUGGACCAAAUCCAGAUGAUAAAGACCGGGGUCAGUCAGAAAAUGGACCUGGACCAAAUCCGGGUGAUACAGACCAUGUGCCAGUGGAAGAGGAAGCUGUGGCAAGUGCCCCUGAGGCAGGAGGGGAAAAGGCAAAUCCAGACCAGCCAGAGGCUGGAUCUGUAGAUGGCCCACCUGAGUCUAAACCAGGACAAGAUAAUACUGCUCCACAGGCAAAUGGAGUUCCAGAGAGUGUAGGAGACACAGAAUCAAAUGGAGCGGCUGAGAAUGCAGGAGACACAAAUUCUGAAAAUCAAGAUUCUUUAGUUUCACCUACAAGUGCACCAACACAUCUGAUCAGACUGCCCACGGACAUGGUGAUGAAAAACAAUAUCUUAUAUAUGAACACAAGUUUUGUAGUUUGCAUUCGAAACAAAAGUGAGCAGGGCCUAUACAGCUUCUUCUAUCACCAUUGCUCAGCUAAGAGAACACCUGUCAACUUUUCUGUGUCAAUCGUGGAGAAGAAUGUUGGGCCUAACUACCUAUCGGCAGGGGAUAUACCUCUCCCGACCCUCUAUGCUACCAUGUCGCUUCUCUUCUUAUGCUCGGCUAUCUACUGGAUCUAUUACCUGUGCCAUCAAGAGGUCGUCUUUAAGAUACAUUACUUCAUGUUCUUCCUGGCACUACUGAAAUCACUUUCACUUAUGUUUCAUGCAGUGGAUUACCACUAUAUUGCCCAUGAUGGUAGACCUAUGCAAGCCUUUGAAAUCCUCUUCUACAUCACCUAUUUAACGAAGGGUGCUCUGUUAUUCGGAACCAUUGUACUCAUCGGAUCGGGUUGGGCCUUUAUAAAACCUAUUCUCUCCGAUCAAGAUAAAAAACUUUUCUGGAUUGUUAUCCCCCUACAAAUUCUUGCCAAUGUUGCGUACAUCAUUACCGAUACAUCCGAGGAAGGAGAAGCGCAGUAUUCCACCUGGAAGGUGAUGUUUGUUACUGUAGAUAUUAUCUGCUGCGGUGCUAUCUUAUACCCUGUCAUAUGGUCCAUACGUCAUCUUCAGGAUGCGGCACAGACAGACGGCAAAGCAGCCAUAAGUCUGGUGAAGUUGAAGCUCUUUAGAUCGUAUUAUGUUUUGGUGGUGUGCUACAUCUAUUUUUCCAGAAUAGUUGUUUAUAUCUUAAAGGUAACAAUGCCAUUCCAGUUCAUGUGGUUGGACGAGUUCUUCUUUGAAUUGGCAACCUAUGUCUUCUACGUUGUGACUGCCUACAAGUUCAGGCCCGGUACUGAUAAUCCCUACCUUCAACUCCCAUCUGAUGAUGAAGAUGAAGAUGAGAUUGAGAUGGACGAGGUAUUGACAGAAACUGGCCUUUCAGAGGGUCUAAUAAGGCAUGCUGGUAACGCUACAUCCAGAGUCAAACAACGUGAGACUAACCACAGUGCAUAGACAGAGGAGCAACUUGACAAGAUAGGCAACUGUAGGUCAGAAAAGAAUAACCACAAUCCAUAGACAGAGGAUCAACUUGACAAGAUAGGCAACUGUAGGUCAGAAAAGAAUAACCACAAUCCAUAGACAGAGGAUCAACUUGACAAGAUAGACAACUGUAGGUCAGAAAAGAAUAACCACAAUCCAUAGACAGAGGAUCAACUUGACAAGAUAGGCAACUGUAGGUCAGAAAAGAACAACCACAAUCCAUAGACAGAGGAUCAACUUGACAAGAUAGGCAACUGUAGGUCAGAAACGAAUAACCACACCAAAUAGAUAAAGGAGCAACUUGACAAGAUAGGUCAGUUUAGAUUGGGAAAAAAGUUUUGUAAUCUUUUUCCAGUAAAUAGGAAGUCCCAGGUUUUAUGUGAUCGCACAAGCCUAUUGUGU